UAGAUCACAGAGGCGUCCUUCCCCUCCGCUCAUUUCCCUCCUCCCCGUUUCUUUGCACCGAAACCACGCAACACUACUCUCUUCCGAUCUCUUUCACACCGGGCUCUCCCCAUGUCUGGAGAUCAGGAGCGGAGUCACUUCAGCUUCCCGUCGCAUGACGAGCUGUCGUCGCUCGUCUCCUGGAAGCCAGCGGGCGGCGCCACCGACAGUGUUGGUGAUCCACGCGGUUUCGGCCCCCGGGCGGUACCGCCGCCCGUGAGCCUCACCGACGUGUUGCGUGGCUCGAUGAUGGACUACGGCGCUCUCGCUCGAGCUUUCGGCUUACCGUGUUCGGCGCCGUCUGACGUACUUGCUCCCGGUGGGAUGGCGUCGUCCCGUGAACUGAUGGCGGAUGUCGGCAAUGCUGGCAACAGCAUGACGCCGUCGUCCGGGUGCGGUGGAAGUGCGACCCCGAUGACGCCUAACUCCUCGACCUCCUGGUCGUCCACCGAAGCCGCCGGCGAAGAAGAUGCCGAGCGGUGCAAGAAGGAUGAGCCGAAGCAGGAGGAGGAGGUGGAGAAGCAACGGGUCAAGGUGGAAGAGGAAGGGGGUGACACGUCCGAGAAAGUCAGGAACAAAAGCAAAAAGAAAGGAGAGAAAAGGCAAAGGGAUCCCCGUUUUGCUUUCGUGACCGAAAGCGAGGUCGAUCAUCUCGACGACGGCUAUCGGUGGAGGAAAUACGGCCAGAAAGCAGUCAAGAACAGCCCUUACCCGAGGAGCUACUAUCGUUGCACGACACAGAAGUGCCCGGUGAAGAAGAGGGUGGAGAGAUCUUAUCAGAAUCCAAGAAUCGUGAUCACCACCUACGAAGGGAAACAUGCUCACGAAUGCCCCGCAACAGUCAGAGGGAGCACACACUUGUUACCACCUCCUUCGGCGAUGUCGACCAGCUUCUGCCAGAAUCUUGUGAUGCAGCAGAUGAACCAACUGAACAAUGACAAUAGCCUGCAAGCGAACAUAAACCCUAAUGUGUAUCUGGCGAACCUGCCGCCUUCUCUCCAGCAGCUCCAACUCCCCGACUACGGUCUCCUGCAAGACAUAAUUCCUUCCUUCAUUCACGGCGGCCAACCAUGAUAUGGAUACGGCUUCACUACUGCAGCUUCUUGUUUUAGACCUCUAUUUUUGUAUGAUGCGAUGACCCCCGCUUUCUUGUACAUGAAUCUAGUUUUAAUAUCUUGAGAUAACGUAGCAAACUCUCGAGGCUAAAAUCUGCCGAGAUAACCGAGUGCCUAAUUCUUCUCCACUACGACUGAGAGCUCAUCUCACAUUUCAUCUGCAAUAGCAAAUGGCGAGAGUUUUCUUGGAAAAAGAGAUGAUGAGAUGAGAUCGACACUAUCGUCUUCUGGCAUUUAUUUGGUAAACGGAGUUUGUUGUGGCGUGUUCAUGUCUAUUAGAUCACUGCAGAGAUUGUGCUUC